AUGCUUGCCCGCUUCAAUGUCAAGGAUCCGUUUGGCGAGCCGAUGAAUGUGAUCUUGUCGAGUAUGUCGUCGCCCGACGUGCUCGAGCCUGAAGGCUUCCUGGUGUGGGCGACGGCACUUGGCUUUGGUGUGUCGUGCCUCGGCCAGGGCGACGAUGAGGGCUUCAUGUACGCCAACCUCGGCGCCGAGAACCCACACGUCCAGCAAGGAUCCAUGUCGGGCAACAACGGUGUGCUGCGCUGGAACUAUGGGCUGCCGUCGGUCGGCACAUGUCGUGAGACGAUCGAGGGCGGAAACCAUUUCCGCUGGUUCAUCCAGAAUACCGGCCGGGCCGGCACUGCCGUCUUUCUUGCGAGCUCGUACGAGGAAGGCCUCGACAAGGCGCACACAAUCUCCCCGAACGGAUACAACAAUGGCCGUGACAACAUCGUGGACAUUGCUACGAGAAAAGAAGGGAUUGAGUGGGAGGGCAACAAGUACAGCGCCACCGUCCAGUGGGUCGAAGCAGGCCGCCUGCUCAAUGCGACUUCCGACGGGAUCAACCAUCCCGAGGUGGCGCCGCCCAACGGUACGGCGAUCGACGGCCGUGUCGCGGUGCUGUACGUGCACACGAUCCUGCGCAACCACGGAAACGGACACGCUUUCGCGCUCACGACGCCGAUGCCGCUCAUGGCUGCCAUGACGGCCGCGGCUGUGUUCGCGUGUGUUGUACUGUGA